GGCAAAUAGAUCUAGUUUGUAUCUCACAUUUUUUUUCAAAAUAUAAAAAUAGUUGCAACAUAUUUUUCUAUGUCUAAACGGAGGAUAGAUAUUGUAGGUGGUAGUGUUUCCAAAAAAAGAAGUGAUGAAAAUAUGACCAAUGGUUCUAAAGAUUUUGCUGAGAUGGCCAGACUUGCUGCUGCUAACAUAAAUCAGUUGAUUACUGAUCCAAGAAAAGAUAACAUUAUCAAUCCAUACACAAACCGUGCUUAUUCUCAACGUUACCAAGAUUUACUUAAGAAACGUAGAACUUUGCCAGUCUGGGAAUAUAAAGAUAGGUUUAUAGAAACUUUGGACAAAAAUAAAAUUUUGGUUUUGGUUGGAGAAACUGGAAGUGGAAAAACAACACAAAUCCCACAAUGGUGUCUUGAAUACCUCCGUGGCAAAAGAUUGACAGAAAUGGGUCCAGGUAAAAAGGGGGUAGCUUGCACCCAACCCAGGAGAGUGGCAGCAAUGAGUGUGGCCCAAAGAGUGAGUGAGGAGAUGGAUUGUGUUCUAGGACAAGAAGUUGGUUAUACUAUAAGAUUUGAAGACUGCACUUGUGCUCGUACCCUUUUAAAGUACAUGACAGAUGGUAUGUUAUUGAGAGAAGGUAUGAGUGACCCCUUGUUAGAAAGUUAUGGCGUUAUAAUACUCGAUGAAGCCCACGAGAGAACACUCGCCACCGACAUUCUCAUGGGUCUUUUGAAGGAAAUUUCGAGUCAAAGGUCCUCGGAUUUAAAGAUCGUUGUUAUGAGCGCCACAUUGGAUGCUGGAAAAUUUCAAUCGUAUUUUGACAAUGCACCUCUAUUGACAGUACCUGGUCGGACCCACCCGGUGGAGAUAUUUUACACACCAGAGCCAGAACGCGAUUACCUUGAGGCCGCUAUAAGGACCGUCUUACAAAUCCAUGUUUGUGAGGAAGGGUCUGGGGAUAUUUUGCUAUUCCUCACGGGCCAAGAAGAAAUAGAAGACGCAUGUAAACGCCUCAAAAAGGAGAUCGAUAACCUUGGACCAGAGAUUGGAGAACUUAAGUCUAUCCCCCUUUACUCAACCCUCCCUCCCAAUCUACAGCAAAGAAUUUUCGAGGCCCCACCCCCACCUAGGGCCAGCAAUGGGGCUAUAGGCCGGAAAGUAAUUGUGUCGACCAAUAUUGCCGAAACUUCACUCACAAUAGAUGGGGUAGUAUAUGUUAUAGACCCUGGGUUUAGCAAGCAAAAAGUUUACAACCCACGUAUUCGUGUGGAGUCAUUGUUAGUUUCUCCCAUAAGCAAAGCUUCAAGCCAGCAGAGGGCUGGUAGGGCUGGACGUACUAUGCCUGGAAAAUGUUUCCGACUCUACACUGAGGUGGCCUUCAAGAAGGAUAUGCAAGAUAAUACUUACCCCGAAAUUCUGAGAUCGAAUCUAGGUUCGGUCGUUUUGCAACUAAAGAAACUGGGUAUUGACGAUUUGGUGCAUUUCGACUUCAUGGAUCCUCCUGCUCCCGAAACACUUAUGAGAGCUCUCGAACUUCUCAAUUAUCUGGGUGCCUUAAACGACGAAGGAGACCUAACUGACCUUGGUUCUAUAAUGGCCGAAUUCCCGCUAGACCCACAACUGGCUAAAAUGCUCAUUUCGAGCUGCGAUCUCAAUUGUUCUAACGAAGUCUUGUCCAUUACUGCCAUGCUUUCAGUACCCCAAUGUUUUGUCCGGCCUGUUGAUAUGAGGAAAGCCGCCGACGAAGCUAAAAUGAAUUUCGCGCACAUAGAUGGUGAUCAUCUAUCCUUACUCAACGUUUAUCAUGCCUUUAAACAAAAUAACGAAGACGUCCAAUGGUGUUACGACCAUUUUAUAAAUUAUCGAUCCCUGAAGAGUGCCGACAAUGUCCGAGUACAACUCGCCCGCAUUAUGGACCGAUUCAACCUUCGAAGGGUUAGUACUGACUUCAAUUCAAGAGAAUACUAUUCUAAUAUACGAAAGGCCAUGGUAUCGGGAUUUUUCAUGCAGGUUGCCCACCUGGAAAGGACAGGUCAUUAUUUAACUGUCAAGGAUAAUCAAGUUGUUCAAAUACACCCUUCCACUUGCUUGGACCACAAACCAGAAUGGCUUCUUUACAACGAAUUCGUGCUUACCACUAAAAAUUACAUUAGAACUGUGACCGAUAUUAGACCCGAAUGGUUAUUAAAAUACGCCACGACAUAUUACGAUUUAGAUAAUUUCCCUUCUUGCGAAGCUAAAAGGCAGCUCGAAAUUAUCAAAGGUAAACUCGAUUCCAAACAGUUUCAAGAAGGAUUUUAAAACUACCUUUUUUAUAUCAAAAUUUUACAUUAUAUAAAUACAAUUCCGUGAAUAAAUUCUGUUGGAUUGCAAAAUAUUAUAAGGUCGUUCCCAUUAAUGUUUUAUGUAUGCUUG